GAUAGCCCUCGCCUGGCCAUGAUUGGCUGCUGCCACGAGAGUGACGAGGCCGAGAGAGAAGUUCGGAUUGUACCACCAUUAACUGGUUCUGUACCGCAAACCACCUUUCUGGAGCUUGCUUUGGAAUCUCCCCAUCAACUGGUCGUGGUCGACAGUUCUCAAUUUUAUUUCCAAGCCAGCUUGCCUUAUCGAGUUCUGGUCGGCUGUCCCGUCGACCUCCGUCUCAGACUCUCCGACACUCCACAACCUCUUCCUGCCUCGAUUGCUUGGGCUGCUACGUCCGCCCUGAGUAUUCCGGAAGUACCAACAAGGCCAUCUGACGACGGCGAAGCCGACCAAGCGCGUCGAGACGUCGUCAGGCGACAUCUGAACUUGCCCCAGUGGGCGCAACUCAGUCUUAUCGGUAUAGAGAUUCGCGGUCCAAAUGUAAGCCUUUCAUUUCGUCUGUAG